AUGAGUGACCCUCACAGUAUGUCUAGCGGCAAGGGCCCUUCUGUGCGCUUCAGGCAGGGUGUGCUGGGCUUUUCUUCAGCCGGACAGCUGCAGACACGUCCACCGGUAACCCCAAAGGCCCAUGACAGAGACCAACUGGUGAAAGUUGCCAAAGAAACAGUCUCAGUCCUCCCCGGUCUCCUCCUCACGCGGCCGGACGCAAAACCAGACGGCUACCUCUAUGAAAAAGAGGCGGCACUGCCCCUCGAUCAGACCUUCUGUCCAAACCUGCCCAAGACCAAGAUCCGCGUCAUCAGCAGCGACACCAUCGACGCCGCCCUUCAACUCGGCCACACUCCACACCAGAAACCGGUCUGUAUCUUAAACAUGGCCAAUGCGAUUCGCGCCGGUGGAGGAUUCAGAAAGGGUGCCCUCGCCCAAGAAGAAGCCCUCUGCUACCGCACAUCUCUGUCCUUCACUCUCAAAUUGCGCUUCUAUCCGAUACCAGACAAAGCCGCCAUCUACUCCCCUGCUGUCCUCGUGAUCAGAGACAGUCUGACAAACGGUCAUCAACUUCUCGACUGCCAAGACCCCCGUAAGUUACCGGUCAUCAGUGUCGUCAGCGCAGCGGCCGUCUUCCAACCCAGUCUGGGGUCCAACCCAGCGCAGCCUAACCAGGACGCAAGCAAGUUCUACGCCAGGCGAGAAGAUCGCGAGAUGAUGAGAGACAAAAUGCGUGUUAUCCUGCGGACCGCCAUCAGGAACAGACAUCGCAAGAUCGUGCUCGGUGCCUUCGGCUGCGGAGCGUUCCAGAACCCACCGAAGGAAGUGGCUCGCCUCUGGUCCGAGGUGUUUCGCGAAAUAGAGUUCUCGAGUGGUUGGUGGGAGGAUGUCGUCUUUGCUGUGCUCCGCCAAGGCUCGUCCGACAGCAACUUCAAGUGGUUCUCGCAGGAGUUGGACGGAGUUCUGGUCUGA